UUCCGCCACUCCGAAGGUCAGCACAGCUCCUGCGGGCCCCGUGUAUCAGGAGUUUCAGGCGGCCAGGGGUGCACUGCUGCUGGAACAGUGACUCCCUGCAAGCCAAGCACCAUUUUCCAAGCCUGGUAAGACAGAUUGUUGCAAAACGGAAUCCACGCUCCUCCGCUGUUACAUGAUUUCCGUUUGGCCGGCGGCCGGCGCUGACCCGCGGGAGGGAGGGGGACGGGGCGCUGCGGAGCCACCGCCCCGAAACAGCCUGUCCUGAACCCCUCCAGCCCCCACACACCUCACCGCCCCCGAACGGCAAGAGCUGCUAUUCAAAAAUAAAAAGGCACUCCAAGUUGAUUUAUUGACGCGUCCCUGCCGGGGCCACGGAGUUCCGCUGGGUCAAACCAAGGCGCGCAACGGUGCGGCCGGGGGAGCCCAAGGGCCAAACCAGGCAUCAGCACCGCAGCGGCGCCAGCUGCGGGAGGGGCGGGGCAGCCCCGGAGGCCCUUAUGAGGCCGCCCCGGCCGCAGUCCCGGGCCCCAGCAUCCCCGGGGCUCCCAGCGGCGCCGCUGCCCCGGCCGGGCCGUCCCCACUCCUUCCCCGGCAGACGCGUUUCCUGCGGCGAGGCGCACGUCACAGCGGAGGUGACGCGCGGGCGGUGUGACGCCGGCGCGAGGCGAGGUGAUAUAAAGGAAAAGGUACAGUUUGGCUGUUGGUCCUCCCAAGAAGGUUCCAAAAGUCAAGGGUGUAGAGUCUGCAGCAGUGCAAGCAUUUCUCAGACGGCAAGAAGAAGAAAAAAGAAAAAAAGCACUGGAAGAAAAAAGAAAGAAAGAGGAACUCUUGGCUAAACGUAUUGAAUUGAAACAUGACAGAAAAGCAAGAGCUAUGGCCUCACGAACAAAAGAUAAUUUUUAUGGCUAUAAUGGCAUUCCUGUUGAAGAGAAGCCUAAAAAGAGGAGGACUUGUGAGAAUGUUGCUCAGGCUCCAGAGACUGAAUAUGCAACAGAAGAUGAAACUGAGCAACUUGAAUACAGUCAGACUGAAUCUGAGCAUGAGCAAGAAGAAUAUGAAGAGAAACCAUCCAAAGUUGCAGUGAAACCAAAGGCGCCUCCCAAAAGUGCACCACCACCUCUGAACUUUGCAGAGCUCUUAAAACUUGCUGAGAAAAAACAGUAUGAACCAGUGGAAAUAAAAGUAGUGAAAAAGGUAGAAGAGAGACCCAGGACAGCAGAAGAAUUGAGAGAGAGGGAGUAUUUGGUACGCAAAAACAAAAGAGGAGACAUGCAUAAGAAAAGUGAGAAGGAGAUUAAGAAUACAGGGAUAUCCAGUUCUUCAAAAAAAGUGAAUUCUCAGAAAGAAUCUGUAAAUUCAAAACUUAACAAAAGCUCAGCAGAUAAAUAUUCCACACCAAAAGGCAGUUUGUCUUCCGUGAGUGGUACUGAUAAGAAAUCCAAAGAACCAGCAUUGACUGAAAAACACUCACGGUCAUUAUCUUCCUCCAGAUUUGAUCAAAUGGAAAAAACCUCAAAAACUAGCUCCUUAAAAAGCUCUACUGGUAGCAGUCAUAAUAAAUUGCCUCUCAAUGGUAUUGGAAAGUCUGGCUCAAGCUCUCAUGUGCCACCCUCAAAACCAGUGGCCAAUGGGGCUCAGAGGUUGCCAUCUGCUAAAGAGUCCAGCCUGAAGAAAUCUGCCCAUACAAAAUCAGGAAAUGCUGCAGCCCUUCAGCAUGGCAUCAGCUCCAACGCAAAACGGUCGGGAAGCAGUUUAGGAAAAGGAGGACCAGGGCAUCCAGGUGGUGGUUCAAGUGCAGGCCCUGGGCAAUCAAGCAGCAAUUCUGGAGUGGGACCUGGAAGGCCAGGAAGCAGUUUAAGGCCAGGACCUGAGCGACUGGGCAGCGGUUCAGCUGCAGGACCUGGAAGACCAGGCAGCAGCUCAAGUCCACGACCUGGGCGACUGGGCAUGGGACCUGGAAGGCCAGCUGGUGGCUCAAGCACAGGACUUGGGCGACCAGGCAGCAGUUCAAGCACGGGACUUGGGCGACCAGGCAGCAGCUUGGGCAUGGGACCAGGAAGGCCAGGCAUCAGCACAAACACAGGACCUGGACGACCAGGCAGCAGCACGGGUACAGGACCAGGAAGGCCAGGAGUCAGUCCAAGCAGUGGACCUGGACGACCAGGCAGCAGCUUAGGAACAGGACCAGGAAGGCCAGGACUCAGUCCAAGCACAGGAGUCAAGCGACCAGGCAGCAGUUUGGGAACAGGACCAGGAAGGCCAGGUGUUGGUCCAAGCACAGGACCUGGGCGACCAGGCAGUGGCUUGGGUAUAGCUGUAAAACCCAAGUGUACUGUUGUAUCGGAAACCAUUUCUUCUAAAAACCUAGUCACAAGACCUAGCAAUGGACAGAUAAAUGGAAUGCGGUCUCUCCAAGGGCAUAGACCUGUGCUUCAUCCACAAGGUCUUGGAAGACCACCUAUUAGUUACAAGAGACAAAUAGAAGAUGAUGAUGAUGAAUAUGACUCCGAAAUGGAUGACUUCAUUGAAGAUGAAGGAGAAUCCCAAGAAGAAAUAUCAAAACACAUUCGGGAAAUAUUUGGCUAUGACCGGAAAAGAUACAAAGAUGAAAGUGAUUAUGCCUUACGUUAUAUGGAGAGCAGCUGGAGAGAGCAACAGAAAGAAGAAGCUAGGAGCUUAAGACUCGGUGUUCAGGAGGACUUAGAAGAAAUGAGACGGGAAGAAGAAGAAUUAAAACGCAAGAGACAGUCUAAGAAGCUGAGGACACGUUAACUGACUUAGUGUUGACUUUGUUCAUGUUUCUGCUACCUUCUGUCUCCAUACAUCUCUUAUUCUACUUCAGUUCCAUUUGCUUGUUAGAAGGCAAAAGAAUAUUUAAAGGGAUUAAAGUACUGAAAAGCAAGGCUUUAGUUUGACCUAAAUAAGAUAUUUAUUUUUAAUACUCUCCAGGGUUGGUUUUUUAUGAAGAAAUUAAUGCACUAAUGCAUAUUAUUAAGUGGAAUAAAAUUAAUAGAAGUUUCCAUUGAUUGAACCAGUUCAAGAUGCCAGCAGAAAUAUUGACUAGCUAUGCACUGACUUGGAACUGUGUGGGCCCAUAUACCAGUAAAACAAUUUUGCAUCCACUUGAAAGAAACAGCAUUCUUGUUCCCUGAUGUUUCUAAAAUUACUUUAUAUCCUACUCUGUCUCCCAAGUUGAGCCUCAAAGUAUUGAAAUGUCAUCUUCUCUACAGAAGUAGCUUGGGUAUGAAUUCAGCCACUGCUACAGAUGUUCAAAGCAGUAUGGUGCUGCGUAUUUUAUGAUUUGAGGACACAAAAAUAAUUGGAACCUCUUUAUUUCUAAACAUAAGUGCAUAUCAUGUGCUAAUUGUACAGUUAUGGGCAUGGCUAGAAGAUUGUUUGGCUUUUGCUGUGUCUGGAAUUCCAAUGCCAGUCUAAUUCAGUACGAUGAAUACACACCCUGAAAAUAGGAAUUUCUAGUGUUUGUGUGUAACUUGUGCUUUUGGGCUCAAGUGUAUGCUUGGGGAUUCUUCUCCUGCCCUGUAAAUCCUCACAUUUAACAGCUGCUGCUGCUUCUACAAAUUGUGUAUGAUGCACAUGUUUUUUCUUGCAUUAAACAUCUGAUGGGUUAAAUGAUUUAAAAUGUGAAGAAGUCAUUUAUCUAAUUAGGUUUACUAUUUAGAAAUCACAUCAGAAUUAAGUUUUGUUUGAAUGUAUUUGCAGCUUUUCAAUAUUAACUUCAUGUUAACUAGUUAAUACCUGUGACUAAUUUCGUCAAACCAAAAAUGUCAAAUGUUACGUAUAGCAGGACAGCUACUUCAGUUACUUACCUUAAUGCCCAUAUUUGCACAUUAUUUCUAACUAUGCACUUAAAGACUGUUUCUUUCAGUAACUGAAUUUGUUUACAACCAGUACGGGGCUCAUGUAAGUCUACAGGAGUUGUAGUGAGAGUCUGAAGCUCAAAUCUGGUGUUGCAUCUAUUUUGAUUUCCCCAGGUUGCCCUUCAAAGCUCACCAGUCUCCCUCCUCAGCUCUGCCUCAAGCUCCAGCACUCCAUUGAUAGUACCUGUGGCUUCAGCUGCUGAGACUGUUAUAUUUUAGUGCUACAAGUACUUGGAAAAGUACUAAAAGGGCUUUGGGUGUUUAGAUGUGGAAAAAUGUAAAGGAAUAAAAAGGAAAAAUUACCUUGCAGAAAAAUGACCAAGGAGCCUUUCCUAUCGGGGGGCUAUUCUUAACUGUGCUGCUUCUAGAAAGCAAUUCAGAUAGCAACAAUCUUGGAAGCUGCUCAACUUUAAACAUCUGACUCUUAAUGUAAGAAAAAACAGAUUUGCCUUUUUAAGGUGUUUUCUGUCAAUGGUGUAGCAUUUCACUGCCUCAGUAAAACACUGACAUGAGUAAGCUAUCAGGAUAUAAACUAAUUCAGUAUUAGCUGACAGGGAGCCCAGAUGAAGAUGCCAUUGUUGCUCCUCUGUAUUUUUAACCUUCUGUAUUAACUAACAAAAACUGUUUCUCAGUGUGUGCACUUGGGAUUGUGCAAGAUAGUGUAACCUCACUGCUUGUCUAGAAAUGUGUUGUAUUCACUCUGCCUCAUUGGGACCAUCUACAAAUUUCUGUUGUAGUUCCUAGAAUUGUCUGUUCAAGACAAUGAACAGUGGGACCAUGGUCAAGUUACUGGUUUGGGUGGUGGGGUUUUGUUGUUUUUUUUCUGUUUUGUUUUUACUUUUGAAUUCUUUUCAGCUGGAAAAAGGCUCUAGGUCUGUCAACCCUGACAGCUAUAUCAGCUGUGAGCAACUUCCCACUUGGUGGUAAAAAAUGUCUUUUGUGAAGCAAGAUAAAUACAUUCAUUCAAAAUUGGUUCAAUUGCUAAUUAAAUCUGCAUUUCAGAUAAACCUAGGUUAGAUAAAACCUAAUUAUUUAACCAUGAAAGAUCAGUUAAAGCUCUUAAUCUGUAAAGCACAUCGUCAUUUGUAUUUCAGAUGGUGACUGGAAUGUACUCUGCUAGCCUCCCUAAGACACUGUGAAACUGUUUCUUCACACAGUGAUCAGGACUUAAAUUUCGUCUUUCAUAUGAAAAGUUAUUCAAGAACACACUUGUAAAUUUACAGUCAAGAAGUACUUUCUCAUAAUUGGCAUGGGAUGCUAAUGGCUUUCAAAUUUUGUACAAAUGUUUGGGUUUUAAUGUGUUUGUGUAUUUGUAAAUCAGCUAUGAAGGAACUGAUUUUUAAAUUCCUGACCCUGUAUCCAAAAACACGUGUACUGCUUGCCAGAUUAAUAGGAUUAAUCUAAUUGAGAGGACUUAGUACUUGUUCAAAGUGCAUCUGAAUUUGAGGUUAAGAAAAACUGGAAGAAUGCUUAUAUUGGUUUAUGAGGACCUGCUGUUAAGCUAAUGAUUUAACUGUAUUUAAUGAAAUUCUGGUUUGGUUUUUAGAUUUUUAAUUCACUGUUUGACAAUGUGCCUUUUUUACUAAAUUGUGUCAAAAAAUAAUGAAUGUAGAAGUAUGAAAAGGUUGGUUGGUUUCUGCUAUCUCAGAUUCUAUAUCCUUAAACUUGAUAGUGUGAAAUUACAUACUUUUCCUAAAACCUUUCCAGGUCUGGCUUUGAUUGCACAAUUACAGUAGCUACUUCUUUACUGCUAAUGCUAAAUCAGAUGAAGGGCACUUUCUAUUGAUGACUACUUUUUGAAAACAUCUUGUAUUUACGCUUGAGCUGUAUUUCACUUUACAGCAAUGUCUUCUGGAGGCCAGGGUUUUGCAUAUCACAGGAAGCCUUAGUGUGCAACUCUGUGCUGUGCUUUAAAAUAAAAAUCUUUCAAGAAGUAUAUGAGAUCUCUAUGGAAAUCUGGAUUUAUUUUUGUGUAAAGCCCAAAAUAUUGUCCAGGAAAACUAAUUUUCUAUUUUUUUUGCAUUUUGUAACAUAAUCUAGUAGCUGCAUAUUUCUAGAUAAAGCGUAUUUCUGGAGACCAAAACAUGUCCGAAAGAAAAUAAAUAUAUGGAGAGCCUGGUGUUUAAAUUGUGAUGAAUGUACUUCUAUUUAUUUUGGUGAGUGGGUGUGAUGCAAUAUUAAAGUUUUAGUGUGUAAAUAAGAGUGCUUCUAGUUUUAGCUGAUUUUUUUUUUCUUUGGGGAUAUCAUUUGUGCACAGUGUCUUUUUACACAAUGUGACAAAUCAGGUUAAAAACUCAUACAUAGCUUAAUUGUCUUCUGGUGCUGUCAAGAAAGUGUAUACUUUUGCACACACCAAAUGCAUAUGAGUUUUGCAGAGUAUGUAUACAAUAAAUUACAGGCAUUAAACAUUUCACUGCUACCUCUCA